GCUAGCUACCCGGCUAAUUCUGCAAUCACACUAUAUAAGGGGCGAGACCAUAGAUACAUUAAUAUAAAAUCCUCGCAUAUAAACGAGCAUCAAUCCAGAGCCCAAAGUUCAUAUACCUCGCAAGCAAGUCAAUUUAAGAUGGGGACUGAAGUGGUGAUGGUAGAUGGAAUUCCCUUUCCUCCUCAGAUCACAACGUCCUCGUCCUCUCCGUUAUCUCUUCUGGCUCAUGGAAUCACGGACAUUGAGAUACAUUUCCUCCAAAUCAAGUUCACUGCAAUCGGUGUUUACAUUAAUCUGGAAGACAUUCUCCCACAUAUAAAAAACUGGAAGGGUAAAACAGGAGAUGAGCUCGUUCAGGACGACGACUUCUUUGACGCUUUGGUUACUGCCCGGGCGGACAAGUUUUUGAGAAUAGUGGUGAUAAAAGAGAUAAAAGGAUCGCAGUAUGGAGUUCAGGUGGAGAGUGCAAUUAGGGAUCGACUAGCAGAAGUUGAUAAAUAUGAAGAAGAGGAAGAGGCUGCGCUCGACCAAGUUGUCCAGUUCUUUCAGUCCAAAUAUUUCAAGAAAGACUCUGUCAUCACCAUCAAUUUUCCUGCCACUGCUGCCAUCGCUGAGAUCGGGUUGUCGAUAGAGGGGAAGGAAGACAGUUUUUCAAAAAUCAAAGUGGAGAAUGAGAAUGUAGCGGAGAUGUUGCAGAAAUGGUAUCUAGGAGGUAGCAGGGGCGUCUCACCUACCACCAUUUCAUCUAUCGCGAACUCCCUCAGUACUCAUUUGUGCGUCCCACCCCCCAGUCCAUGAGAUCUCUGUAGCUCUUGCUAUUUGCUUUUCUAUUUUAUUCAUCAUCUCCGUGCCUUGUUGGACCACACUAGCCGGAGCAGCACCUCAAUGUCUUCGACUUUUGUCCAAAAUGUGAUCGAUACGAUAUAACUAUUCAUAAUCAAAUUUAUUACUUUAUCUAGUUAA